CUCACUUUCAUGGCAGAAAAAGAUGCGACCGCACGACUGCGCAGAGCCGUUCAAGAGAACAACCUCUUCCUCGUCAAGAGACUCAUCCAGCGCACAGACAUGCGUAAUCCCGACACGGCGCCAAAGCGGUACACAUCACUGGCGUGGGCAGCUGUUAUGGGACAUGAAGAAACGUUCGAAUAUCUGUUGAACGCGGGGCAUGACGACGACGAACUUAGUCGGGACUCUGAGAACAACACAAUCCUUAUUCUUCUGGCCGAUUUGAAGCCACCAAUAAUAAGCCGAUAUGGUACCACCGAUCCUGAUUUUAUGGGUGCAGCUCUGAGGAUGGCAAGACUCUACUAUGAUCGGUACAACUUUAUCCUCGAUUGGUCAAACUUGCAAGGGAAGACAGCACUCCACGUCGCCUCGCUAAAGGGAAACGAGGAACUUGUUCGGAUGCUAUGCGACUUGGGUGCAGAUGUUGAUCUGGCGGACGAUCAGGGCAAUACCCCCCUCCACUAUGCAAGCUCUUGGGGCCACAUGCCGAUUGUGCAGCUGCUCAUAGAGCGUGGCUGUCAAUUCGCCGCACGCAACAACGAAGGGUUCACUCCAUCAGACUAUGCAUACUCGUUUAGCACGCGUGAUACUUUGCAAGAUACAGCGCGGGCACAGUAUGAACUUAAUAAGAAGGCUAGACGCGUCUUUGCGCAAGCUGCGGCAAGGGGGACCGAGUGGGGUGGGUUGCAGCAACUUCCGCCCGCGAAGGCCUUGGAAAUAGGUCGGGCGAUGCGAAUGCGGAGCGGAUCUGGAGCCAGUCGCACAACAAGUACCUCAGACAGUGGGGAUCUCGAUAGCAGUAGCCUACCUUCCGGUCAGUCUUACAAUGGCCAACAUUCUGCUUCCCUACAUUCGCAAACCUCAGCCCCCUCAUCGUCAUCAUCCGCAUUUCACCAAGGACAUCCUGGCCACGGUACAUACUCUGCAAGCAGCAUCAGCACCUUUUCAGUCGCAGGACAUUCACCUCUACCUUCCCACUCCACGACAUCCCUUGGCGUAAAUCCAAAUCCGGCAUCCGCACUGUCGCCAAUUGCAACGCGCAUGCGCGAACAGGACGCAAAUGCCAUGGAAAAGUACAUGCGUCGAAACCGAAGCGGGAGCGCGUCUACAGACGUCAAGUCCCAAUCUUCGAACCCAUCCUCGGCAGGGCCAUCUGCUAACGGUGAUGAUAUCUCAUCGUUACCUCCUGCUGGAACCGUGUCAUCACGACGUCGAUUGCGGACCUCAAUGUCUGCUUCCCAGCUCCGAACCAAUCCAAAACCUCCGUUCAUCGUCACAACAAACGCGUCGCCCGACGUAUUUCGAAGUCGAGCGGGCACGAAUCCGAAUAUUCUGCGCAAGAGCCCGCCCGCGUCAUUAUCCCCGCCAUCUGAUCGUACUGCUUUCCCUCCCUCCCCGAACCGUCCCUUACCUAUACGUGUCAGCCCGCACCCCGCAACGAGAGAAACUGGGAGCCAUGAGAUCUAUACUGGUCCUUCCAGUGCUUAUGCCCAAUUUCCUGAGCCUCCCAAGGGAUCAGAGAACGGAAGCGCUAGUAGCUCGGCGACCACGAAUGGUAUGCCGACGCCUACGCGCCGGCUACCGUUUCAUCUACUGUCGAAACCACUUCCGAGCAUCGACCUUACCCACGGAAACUCUGCACAUCGGCGUGGAGGGUCUAUACCAUCAAUGCGGUAGACAUAGACACGGACGACUCGAUAGAUGAUGGAUCUUGCAUGUACACCGGGUUUGUAUCAUCAUUUGUGUACUCGGAGGAUUUCAUAUUCUUGCUUUGCUGCUGUUGUGUCGCACAUUUUUAUCGUUUACAAUCAAUUGUAUUUAUUCCGAUCGUGUUGUUCUUGCUACGGAAUGUACCCCCUUCUUUUC